AUGAUGGAGUGGGCUGUGUCGUUGUCGGGUGAAGCCGAGGACGCCACCAAGGGGUUUCUGGAAGACCUGGAUACUCGAAUAAGGGAAUGUUUGGAGACCAAGUUUGCCCUGGAACAGGAAUGGGGUGAGAAAUGCCAAGCCCUGGAUAUCGAUACGAGAAACAUCAUCCUCUCUAAGGACAUCUCCUUGGCAACUUUUCAUCCCGGGGCCGAACUUCUUCCACAAGGGAUGACGGAUAUGGAGGGUUGGAAGCAAGUGACAGAAGAAAACAUCAGACGAUCCCAGAUGGAGAGGAUGCGAUGUGAAGCCCUUAGGUCAAAGAUGGAGUCUCACAUCUCCCAUCUCUCCCAAAGACUGUCCCAGUUUCAUUCUGACAUCCUGGCAUCCCUCAAGGAUCGCAUCAAGGACAUCCAGGACGCAUCCAGUCGGUUGAAGGCCCAGAUCGGCAAGAUCGUGGAUGAGAUGUCGAACGUGGAGGCAUUGAGAAGAGGAUUGCGAGAGAGUCGUAGUGAAACGGAGGAAAGUCUGAAUGUAUCACUGAGUCGCCUGGCCGAAAGCAAACGUCGACCGGGACAAGAACUAUGCUUCGAUCAUCCAAGGAAAAUGUUGGAGCAGGAGACGAAAGAGGCAGGACGAGGCUUGGCGAAGCUGGACAUCCGGACGGAGGCAGGGAAGAAGGCGUGGGAGGCGCUCACCGUGGCGAGGGCUCAGUUGGAAGCCGAUUGGGUUACCAAGACUAGAGCGCUUCAUGUCGAAAAACACCUUGCCCUUCAUGUCCUUCACGCUUUCCCCUCCUUUUCCCAACUCCUCGGCCAUGUUUCUUAG